UUAGCUAGCCUUAGUAGGCGCAGGUCGCCGGUGGGAGAGAUAGGGUGAUUUAUGCGGUUGGAACUUUAAAGGAAACUUGUAACUAAGCCAGUUCUUGCUCUAAUGUACCGCUUUCUCCCCUGUGUAACCAUCUGUCUCUUCCCCGGUGUGCCUUCUUACCACCUUGCACUAAUUUAUAAUCCGUUCCGUGUUUGGAUUAAGAAUUCUGCGUAUUCGAAAGAUUAUCUCCUUUUUAGCAGUUUGUAAUGCCUGGGGACUUCUCAAUGUGCCUCAUACUUAGCCCCCCUACACCCCACCAUCUACGCCUCUCAACCUCUGCCAUUCUACGACCUUGUCUGUCACCAACUCCUCGCCCCCCGGAUCCUCGCAAAAAAGCAGUAGUAUUUGCUGAUGCCCUGGGACUUGCCCUCACUUCUGUUCGUCACUUUGUCCGGCAACCCUUUGAAGAUGAUUCUUUGAUGCUUACAUUGGCUUCAUUGCGUGUUCUUCGACCUUUGUCAAGCCCCACUUACAUUUUGGAUUUCCCCCCACCAGCGAUGGACUAUCUUCAAUUUCGGACAAAACUGAUGGACAAGUUUGUGAGCCUUGAGCAAUGUGCAGUACAGGGGGAAGCAGUGGCGGGCACUGUGCGUGUGCGUAACAUAGGAUUUGAGAAGAGUGUGACUCUGCGAGUUACAUUUGACAACUGGCAAAUCUACAACGAUCUUCCUUGCUGUUAUAUGCGAGACCUACAUAGCGGAGGGGAGACAGAUUCUUUUUCCUUCCGGUUGGUGCUGCCUUUGGGCACAGAGCAGGCUGAAUUCUGUAUUCGUUUCUGGUGUGAGGGUAAGGAAUACUGGGACAGCAAUGAUGGUUGCAACUAUUCCUUGCACAAGAAGGCAGAACAUGGUGGAUUUAGGCAGAGACCAUAUUGGUAAAGCUAUAGCAUGGGCGUACUGUUUAACUGCUCAAGUACUAGGGUGUUCAGGCAGUUGAGGGGCUAAGAAUUGCAUAGGUCAUGUCUUAUGGGGGGCAAGAAAACAAACAUAAAUGCCAUAAAGACAUGCAAAUGAAAGUGGAGUCUUCCAAAAUUUAGAACAAAGUAUGCUCUCAUGGGAUCAAGUGACUUGCUCGUUGAAUUCUGUAAUGUUUUGAUUGAUCUAUUAAGUUUAUUUAUGUAAGUGUAAUGUAAACCCUGAAUUUGAGAGAGGGAUUUAUUUUUAUAGAGGGAGGGGAGCAGUUUUCUCCUAUCAACUUUACUACUACAUCCAUAAGAAGAGGAAAUGUGCAAGACACUCAGAUUAAACCAGCGGCAACAGCUUUCGGAUUGGAUGCUACCCUUUUAACAAAUUCUUGCUGGACUUGUUUUUGUUUUGAGAGGGGGGGGGGGCAGGACAAAUUCAGGAUAGUUGUUUACAGUCUGUUAUUUACUGUUCAUCCUGCUCCUUGCCUGUCCUGUACGUAAAUUGUUUAACCAGCCUUAAGUCUGGGAUAAAUACUGAGCUCUGUGAUAGCAUUGCUUUUAAUGUUUCCCAAACAAAAUCCACAUUUUUCUACUUUUUACUUCAAUUUCAAAUAAAUGUUAUUUUUUACUCUGGACAA